AUGGAGCAUGCUGUGCUGGAAAAGUUGCAGAACCACUUUGGUGAAGGUCCAGUGCCACCCCAGGAUGUCAGAGACCUGCUGCGGAAGUUAAAGGUUACGGAGUCGAGCAUCGACUGUGCGAUGCAGGCAUUCGAAACCGCCGGCCCGCAGGGACUCACAUGCAAAGGCCUCGUGUCUUGGAUUUUUGACAGUCCCGACAAGAAGCUGCAGACUACCGGUGAGAUCUUGACCCCAACAGACCCGGCCCCUGCCUUCGGAUCAGAGCCGGCAAAGGCGCGAGCCUUGAAGAUCAGGGCAGAGCUGGAUAUGACAGCUGACCGGUUUGAAGGCUACAUGCGCCUGCUGGCAAGGUUUGCAAGGUGCUGUGAAAUUCGAAGGACGGAGCUUCGGGGCAUCACGCUUGAGCAACUUCGGGUGGUCGAAGGCUUCGUCACACAGCAUGCUGAAGAGUGGGAAUGGUUUGAUGUGCGAUCGAAGCAACGUGUUGACCCAGCCACCGCCAACCUUUACCAUGUAAGCACCUGGCUCAUCAUGCCAGCUACAAACACCGAAGAUUGUGCUUGGGUGGAGUUGGUAGCCAGAGGUGAUCAGCGGCCACAAUGGUUCUGCAGCCAUUGGUGGGGGGAACCCGUGCGAGACUUCAUCCGAUGUGUCUCUCAGCAUCAAGAACUGCGCUGCUUCAACGCGCCCAUGCGGGCUGACGCUGAAGAGUCUGCUUGGGCGUAUUGGGUUUGCGCAUAUGCCAACAGGCAACAUUCCCUGGAGGCAGAGCUUUCCUCGGAUCCGAAAGCAUCAAGUUUCUUCAAAGCGCUGCAGCUGGUGGAAGGCAUGCUUAUCAUCUUGGACACCAAUGCCACCCCUUUCACUCGUCUGUGGUGUGCCUUUGAAGCUUACACUGCUCUGAGUGACAGGAGGAACGGACAUCAGCAUCUACUCCUCGACAUUGCGACGAAGAUCCCCGGAAUUGAAGCCGCAGCCCUGCUUACAGAUGGUCUUACAGUGGCCGAGCAGCAGCUUGAGAGUGCACUGAACCAACAUGAAGGACCUUCAAAAGGCCCUCCGAAAGAAGGCGGCGUGGGUGCGAACUUGGCAAAGCGCUUGCAGCUCUACAGGCAGCGAGCUUUCACGCUCGAGGUCUUGAGUAGGGGCCUACAGCCCAAGCUUCAUGAGGCUCAGGCCUCUAAAGAGGAGGAUCGCAGGCGCAUUCUAAACAGCAUCGUGCAGAAGAGUGACUUAGACUCUGAGCCUGACAGUCAGCAUGUGAACUACGAUACCGUCAACACAUCUUUGGGCGGCAUCUUUGCAAGAGCCGGCCUGGAGCAGGCACUGCUUAAGGGACAGGUCCGAGAGUUGUCCUUCCACGAAGCUCUUCGUGCAGAUAAGAGCUGUUCGGAGUUGAAGCUGGACUUGACGCACAUGUCGCCCAGCGAUGUGCAUCUCGCAGACUUGGGAUUGUGCUUUCCCGAGUCUCUGCGACGGCUGCAGAUGGACUUCAGUGGCUGCGAGAAGUUGACUGCGAAGGGCUUUGCUGGCUUGGCCGCUGGCUUUCCUGCUUCCACGCGGCAUCUUCACGUUGAUUUUCGGAGUUGCACGAGCCUUUCAGACGAGGAUUUGGCUGUUCUUGGGUCAAGGUGGCCUUCAGAGCUUCAGGACUUGGAACUGAACUUUCUCUACUGCCGCAAGAUUGGCGACACCGGGGUCGCCGCCUUAGGAGAGGGACUUCCGCCGUCGCUGCGGCAGUUGAAGCUCGACCUCACUAGCACCGGACUUGGGGAUGCUGGUGCUGCCCGUCUGGCAGCUUGCCUCCCGAGCGAGCUCCGAUUCCUGGAUCUGGAAUUCAGGUACUGCGACAUCGGCGAUGGAGGUUUGGCAGGAAUUGCAGCCGGCCUCAAGAAGCUCGAGCAGUUGGAGCAUUUCCAGAUUUCAAUGCGGAACUGCUUGAACUUGGGUGACGCUGGCUUGGUCUCCUUGUCAGUGGCAUUGCCAAACUCUCUGCUGUUCUUGCGGCUGAACUUUGCCAACCUUUCGUGCAACAUUUCGGAUGCCGGGCUGGCCGCCCUGGCGCACAGAUUGCCAGAAAAUGUGACAGAGUUGUGCAUUCACUGCAACGGCGCCUCUCGCAUCAGUUCUGCCGGGCUCGCCGCUUUGGCCGGAGGCUUGCCCAGGCCGAGACUAAAACGCUUGCAGCUGGACUUCGGCUUCUGCUUGGAGCUUGAAGAUAGUGGGCUGGCUGCCCUUGGCUCAGCACUUUCCAUGCUGGCAUUAGAGGAGUUGAGACUCGACUUCGCUGUCGCGAAAUUCAGCGAUGCCGGGCUUGCUGCGUUUGGUGCUGGACUGCCCCCCACGCUGCAACGUUUGAGCAUGAACAUGGAGUUCUGCCGGAAGAUGUCUAUGGGAAAGGAGGACGAGAUGUUCAGUGAUCCCUCUUUAUUCCGUGCUUGGGCCGCCAAGUGUCAUGAGGUCAACGUUGCUGUUCCCCCGGCUUCUGCCUUCGGCGGUGAGUGGCCGGUGGCAGCUGAGCCAGCCAUCGCGGCAGAAGCUGCCUGUGAGCCAAGGUUAAGGCUAGACAGCGUCGAAGGAGACGGGGAGACUGCCUCCGAGGUUUUGGACAGAAGCCUGCAGCUGGUGGAGCAACGUGUGCCGCUGCCGGCCGUGCCUUGCCUUUGUCUUGCCCUUCGCUGUUGUCAACGCGUGCUACGAGAAUUGAAGCUUGGCUGGAAGUCCGAAGCGAUCGAGGACUCGCAUCUUGAUAUGCUGAGUUCAGCAUUGCCCAGUACUUUGCAGGGCCUAGAGCUGAAGUUUAAGGCAUGUCACUCCAUUGGUGACGAGGGCUUGGCUGUUUUGGGCGCCAGGUUACCAGGUGAGCUCCAACAUGUGCAGCUCCACUUCACGCAAUGCAAGAGGGUGGGAGAUGUCGGAGUGAGGAGGCUCGUUUCGGCUCUUCCACACAGUUUGCGGCAUUUGGAGCUUUGUCUCUACUCAUGUGAGAGCCUCACAGACGAUGGGUUGGUGGGUCUUGCAGUCGGGCUGUCAAGCUUGGCAAUGCUGCAAGAGCUGGUGUUGUCCUGGAGCUUCUCGGAGACGAUCACCGAUGACGGGCUGGCUGCUUUGGCGGCGGCGCUGUCCCCGUCCUUGCUGCGCCUGGACCUUGACAUGCAGAAGUGCGGCAUCGGCGACACCGGGCUCUCAACCUUGGCACGUCACUUGCCGACAGGGCUUCAGCAGCUGCGCCUGGGCUGCUUCCCGUUGCCCAAGCUGGGCGAUGCUGGGGUACAGGCCCUCGCACAGGGCCUCCCGCCGGGGCUCCGGGAACUUAGUCUCGACUUCUCCGACUGUCCUCAAAUUGGCGAUGCUGGGCUCGUUGCUUUGGGUGCUGAUCUUCCAGGCAAGCUGGAGGCUCUGGAUCUACGUCUCUUCAACAACACGAAGAUUGGGCUUCCUGGAUUUCUUGGACUGGCGAAAGGAUUGUCGGAUCUGGCGAUGCUUUCAGGCCUGAGGCUCGUGUUGAGGUUCUGUGCAAAUCUCUGUGACGCCGGCUUGGCUGAAAUCGGGAAGAGCUUGCCGAAGCGCCUGCGAAUCUUGGAUUUGGACAUGACCGUCUGUGAGAAAGUUGGUGAUGCGGGCCUCCAGGGCCUCUCGAAAGGGUUGGAGGGGCUGACAGCGCUCCACUCCCUUCGGCUGCAGUUGGGGCACUGCCAGAUUGGAGAUCCUGGUCUGGCUGCUCUUGGGAGGAACCUGCCGGAAGGCUUGCAAGAGCUGCAGCUGUCGUGCUCCUGUUGUGAAAGAGUUACCAUUGAGGAGUCCAGCCUUGUUCUCACCGAUGCUGCCGAGUUUCGAGCUUGGGCCAUGGAGCAUUUCCAAGAAGGGUGUGCUGAGUAG